CGAAAAGAUCAGCGAUGCUCCGCGUUGCUCUAAGUUCCAGACCGAGAUUUCCACGUCAGACUUUAGUCUAACAUUAGAAGCAAAAAAUAAUGACUAACAACGGAGAGAUGAAAAUGCGUGUGGGCGUAGUGCUACCUGCUGCAGGCUGUGGAGAACGGAUGAAUAUGCCAAUGCCGAAGCAGUUUUAUGAAAUCAAUGGACGUCCUCUCAUCGCGUAUACCAUUGAUUGUUUCCACAAGUAGGGAACUGUUCACUGCUGGAUACAGUGGAUUGAGCACAUAGUCAUUUCAACAUGUAUGGAUCACAUAGACAUGUUGAAAGACAUGGCCAGUAGGUUUGGUUUUGGGAAGGUAUCGGUUAUCCAUGGAGGGUUAACAAGACAUCAAUCGAUUCAUCUGGGUUUGAAAAGUCUGCAGCAUAUUUGUAAUAAUCUUGAUGUAGUUAUCGUCCAUGAUGCAGUCCGCCCACUGGUAUCAAGUGAUGUCAUACAAAAAGUUGCAGAGAUGGCACAUCUGCAUGGGGCAGCAGGGGUUUGUCGCCCUUUAAUUUCAACUGUAAUUGCCAGGAAUGAAGAUCAGAAGCUUGUGGAAUCUCUUGAUCGAACAAGAUAUGUUGCCAGUGAAAUGCCGCAGGGUUUUCAAACUAGUGUUAUUUCAGCUGCUUAUGACAAGUGUACAUCAGAAGACUUUGAUCAUGGCACAGAAUGCCUGUUACUAGCUAUGAAGUAUGUAGGUGUUCAUGGCAUCAUUUUGGAUGGAAGUCCUGAUUUAUGGAAGGUCACUUACAAGAAAGACCUGUAUGCUGCAGAAUCAGUUUUAAGAGAGAGGAUGCUUAGAAUUGUUCUAACAGGAUGCAAAAAUCACCCAGAUUUGGCAGGAAGCAUUAGAGAAGAACUAGAAAGUUGUCACUUGAAGAUUUUUGAGCACCACUCUUCCAGUAAGACUUUGUCUGAAAUGGGAGAUGAUGUGGAUGUGAGUGGGGCCAAUACCUUCAUCAUGGUGCACAGCGAGGUCACCAGCAUGGACACCGUCAACAAGGUCUAUGCUGUACACAGUCAGUUCCUGCCCUCGUGGCCUCAUCCAGGAAUGAUUGAUUUUACUUUUAUCCACGUAUUCCUUGUGUCUGAAGGGGAAAAUAUUUUGAAAUAUCAAACAGCAUUGUCACAGAUCCUUAUGAAGAUGGCUGCUGAUUCACAGGACAAUGGCAUUUUGGUUUUUGGUGUGCUGGCACUGGAAAACAAUCCAGUGUCCAAAGUGGGAAAGAUGGUGUCAAGUCUAGUGAGGAGAGCAGUUCCAGAGUUUUCAGGUCAAUUGUAUCUGGUCUUAUGAUUCAUUUCUUACACUUACCCUCAGUUCAGCUAUGGCAAAAUGGUGUGCAAAAGUACUGUUAGCAGGAAUGAUAUAUGUAAGAUUAACAAUGGCUACAUGUAUGUGGAUUGUCAUUGGAGUAACUAUGCAGCAUCUCAUCAUCUUUUCCUGUUGAACUGAGCAGGUCUGCACUGUCAUUACUGUUUACCACAGCAUAUUUGCUUUUUAAACUUGAGAACGGGCAGAAAGUUGGUUUGCAGCAGAAUUGUGUAUUUCAGUCAUAACAAAGAACAACUGAAUGCAUAUUUGAAACAUGCCAUUCCUGUGUCGGCGAAAAAAGUUAACACUAUGAAAUGCUUAGGAUGACUUCAGUCUGAGGAUUGAUGAUAGUAUUGUGUGCACAGUACAUUUAUGCACGUACAACA